AUGGCCUCGCACGACCCUCAAGGGGCCGGUCCUUCGCCGGCGGGUUCCAGGCACGGGAGUGUGAGCCCGUCACCCCACGCCCAGCAGUUCCAUGACCCGAUGGCGGGGCUAGGCUUAGAUCCUUCAAUGUCUUUCGCGAACCCGACCUUCGACAGCCAAAACCCAGAGGUGGUCGCCGAGACAUAUAGCUAUCCACCAUAUUUCUCGGGGCCCCAGUCCCAGGGUCUGGCGCCUCCGUCCGCGCAGCCCUUUCCGCCAAACCUAAAUACCUCCAAUAUGCAAGUCCCGCAAUCCUUCGAUCCGAAUCUGGUAAAUCAGCUCGAUCACGGUUCGGGCGACCUGCGACCCCCACAGCCAGGAGAUAACUAUGCGAACCUCCUCAGCACCACGCCAGGCGACUUGGAUUUCUCCGCCUACCAAAAUCACAGUCCGAAUAGCGGGGCGGGCUCAGAAUACGAUUCCUCGCAAUUACUGCUAGAUCCGCAAAUGCAUCAGCGGCAAUCGCUGAACCAGGCCAUCAACCCUGCGGAUCUUGUGAGCCCGACCUCGAACCCCUCCGCCUCCUCUCAUCAAUCCUCGCAAGACCAGCAGCAAUCAUCCCCCGGUCCAAUGUCGCCGCCCGGAUCGACUCCCGGAACUUUCUACACCCCGCAACAUUCGCGUCACACAUCUCUAGAUCCGGCCACGGCGGCAUAUUUAAGUGCGCAGCCGCAACAAGACUGGCAAUCCGUCGUGAAUACGUCCGCAUUCCAAGGACACCGGAGAGCCCCAUCUGAAGUCUCCGAGGUCUCCUCCGCCAACCAUUCACCCUACCUAUCUCAGCAUGACUAUGAUGGAAUUGAAAACAACGCAUCGCCCUCGCUGACGGCGCAGAACGACCCAGCAUUGUACGACAAUGCGCUAGGGAAUUGA